AUGAGCAGCCCAAAGCGCAGAAUAGAGACCGAUGUGAGUUAUGAAGAUGUACGCCCUAAAAAUCCUCUUCCCUUCCCCGAGUCUCUUCUGUUGAUGAGUGACUAUGAAGUUACCCUUGUCAACGAUAACAGUAAGUUGGCGGCUUCUUAUAAAGAGCAAGAUCAAUGUGCUAACCAUAGUCUAGUGCAAGAAUUCUACGUCCGAUUUAAGGGCCCCGAGGAGACUCCGUUUGCUGGUGGCCAUUGGAAAAUCCAUGUCGAGCUCCCCGACCAGUAUCCAUACAAGAGCCCUAGUAUUGGAUUCGUCAACCGCAUUUUCCAUCCCAACAUCGACGAGCUGUCUGGCUCUGUUUGCCUUGAUGUUAUCAACCAAACCUGGUCCCCCAUGUAUGACAUGAUCAACAUUUUCGAAGUCUUCCUUCCUCAGCUCCUUCGCUACCCCAAUCCUUCCGACCCGCUCAAUGGAGAGGCUGCAGCAUUGAUGAUGCGGGAGCCCAAGUCCUACGACGCGAAAGUGAAGGAGUACGUGGCCAAGUACGCCAGCAAGGACGCCGUGGACGAGGUCGAGGAAGAGACAGAGUCCGAGGGAGAGCUCAGCUCCGCUGGCAGUUAUGCGUCUGGUGGUGAGGAGCCGGCCGGUACCAUGGAUGAUGUUUAG